CUCUGUACUAUAAAAGUAGCGAUUCGCUUCUUCUGCCUGCACAAACUUGCUCCUUUCAUCUUUCUGUCGAACUGUUGAUGCACAGGACGAUGCUCCCUCGGCUUCUUUUACCCCUGUUCGUCUUUUUCUCCUUUUUCUUGCAAUAUUCACUUGCCCAACCUGCCGGAUGUCCGAGAUGUCCUUUAAUAUCACCACCACCUCGUCCCAACCCUUUGAUCAAUCGCCGCCCGCGAGCCCCGCUAUACCCACCAUCACUUAAUCUCAUGCCCCGCCGCCCACCCAACAAUCCUGGACCCUUGGCUAACAGAGCUAGGAUUCUCUUCAUCACCCAGGAGCUCAAAAGGAACAUCACCUACGACCCCCAAAACUUUACCGGCACCUGGGUCGGCAACAACUACUGCCUCUUCAAGGGCUUCUAUUGUGACACUGUGCCUGACUUGAACAUCACCGGACUCGCCGGCAUUCUCUUCAACGGCGCGAGGUUUGGCGGCCGCUUCUUAAACUUUUACCGCUUUAUCCGCAACUUGCCCGACAUUGCCAUCUUCCAUGCCAACUCCAACAACUUCAGCGGCGUGAUUAACCGAAAUCUCAACCAGUUGCGCUAUUUCUACGAGCUCGACCUGAGUAACAACAAGUUCCUCGGAGGGUUCCCCUCGAGUGUCAUCGGCGCCACCAAUCUAACCUUCGUGGACCUUAGGUUCAACACUUACGCCGGGCAGGUCCCGGCUUCGUUGUUCAACGUUGACACCGACGUGUUGUUCAUCAACAACAACGGGUUCAACCGGUCAAUUCCAGCUGGCACAUUCGGAAACACGCCGGCACUCUUCCUCACCCUAGCCAACAACAAGUUCACCGGCGGCAUUCCUCGGAGUAUCGGCCGAGCUUGGAGGACCCUACUGGAGGUGCUAUUCUUGAACAACAGGUUGACGGGUUGUCUCCCAUUUGAAAUCGGGUACUUGAUAAAGGCCACCGUGUUCGACGUCGGCGGCAACCUCUUGACGGGGACGAUACCGCAGUCAUUCGGGUGCUUGCAAAAGCUGCAGCUACUAAACCUGGCGCACAACGAGUUCUACGGGACGAUACCGGAGAACUUGUGCCGACUACCGAACGCGUACAAUUUCUCGCUGUCAUACAACUACUUCAGCCAAGUCGGGCCGGCGUGCCUGAGGUUGAUAAGGGCGAGGAGGCUUGACGUGAGGAGGAACUGCAUUGUGGGGCUCCCGCAGCAGAGGUCGGCCGCCGAGUGUACGCGUUUCUCCGCGAGGGCUAAAAGCUGCGCCCGAGCGAAUACUUUCAACUUCGUUCCCUGUAAGCUAGCUACUAGUACGGCUAAUUUGGCUGAUGCAGAGGAUGAGGAAGAAGGGCGGCGUCUUGCUACAAUUGAUGAGAUGCCAGCUCCUACACCGAGGACCUACGCUGCGCUCGAGAAGCCUCACCAUUGAUGAUCGAUCGGAUGACAUUAUUAUCCAAUUGGUCCAUCUAGUGCUCUGUUUGUUAUCCCUGCUAUCUGCGUGUGUUGUAAGAGGCUUAAUUAAUUGUCUUCUUUCUUUCUUUUUUCGUCAGAAUCGGAACAUUGUGGCUAAUUGUAAUUAGGUUCAAGCGUUUCGCGUUUGCUUGGUAUGUAAUGUAACUACUUUUUAUUUGGGAUGUUAGAUCUUUCAUCUGAAAUUAAUAAAAUCUUGGUGUUUGUGUU